GCAAACUCUUAUUCAUCGUUUAAACCACAAAUCCUUUUUCUUCGCAAAAGACCAAAAAAGAACAGAGUAGUACAGACAUAAUCCCGAACAACAAUCCUUUUGGUUUCAUAAUCUUCUCCUCAACUUUCCAUUUUUUUCCUUUCCAUUUUUUUCCUUUCCUUUUUCUUUUUAAUUUCUCAACAUUUCCCUUUUUUCCGGAUUUCAUGGUAGAAAUUGUUGGACCUUCUUUAAGGCCAGCAACUUUCCUGUUAUAACAGAGGGAGUUGGUGGUGGAGAAACACAGAAAGAUUCAUUCUUUUCGUAGGAAUUUUGGUUUCUCUGUUUCGUUUAUUCCUGGUUAAUUGGUUCGCCUUAGCCUUAUAUUGGCAUGGAGGACAUGGAAACUAUGAAGGGAAAUGCUCCUCCAGAAUACAAUUUUGUACCUGGGGGCUCGUCGACAGAUGAAGAUGAACCGAAUGGUGUGUUUCAAACGAACAAGCAUGAUAAUGGAGAUAUGAACUCUGAAAGACAAUCUUUGGCAGUGGAUGGUUCUAUAUUAGAUCAUAUAAGUCAUGAUCCUUCUCCAACAGAAAACUCGGUUUCUAUGUCUUCAGUUAAAGUUGGCAAAACAGGUGACAAUUCUGAGACUGGAUCUCCUAUGAAUAGUUCUCUACUUGAUCAGGACACAUUUCUUGAAUCAACAAAAAGUUCCGAGCCAUUCGAGCCUCAGGGAGACGAAAACUCUGGUGUCCCCAAAUCCAUCCCGUCGUCUGAAUUAGAUGUCAAGCCAAAUGAAGUAUUGCAACCACUUGUAGAUGUUGGGGCUCAGUCUAGUCCUCAUAGCAGCUCGAAUAAUGCUUCGGGUGGGGAAGAUACCUCGGCUUUAUCUUCGGGAAAUUCAGACAUACUGAAGCCUCCCGAGGAAGAAAUGGCACCCGAUUCCUCAGUAGCAAAAGCGGGUGAUGCUAAUGCUACAGAGUUAUUUGGAGACAGUAGUGACAAAACGAACGGUGAUGAUGAUGCUCGUUUCGCCUCCCACCCUCGGGCUAGCGACGCUGAAAGUUGCAAUGAUUUAUUACCAUCAGAUGAUGAUGAGCACCUCGUAGCCAAAGUUCCCAUGCCAUCAUCAGAAGAUGACUUUUUCGAGCCUGUAGCCAAAGUUUCUAACCAUUUAGUGUCAAUAAACGCCUUUGGUCAGCCCUUGGCCAAAGUUUCAGAGCCAUCGGAUGACGUGGAUCAGCCCCUACCCAAAGAUCCAAAUGAUUUACUGCCCUUAGAUGAUGCUGAUCAGCCUCUUGCCAAAGUUCCGAGUCAUUUAGUCCCACCAGACGAUGCUGAUCGCCCCCUAGCCAAAGUUUCCAGCUUUUCUGUUAAAUCACCAACCUCUGGCUCUUCUAAAAAUCCCGAAAGUUAUGACAUAGACCGAGUUCAAAUCGACACAGCAAUGCCUAUUGAAUCUGUGAAGCAGGCGGUUUCUAAAUUUGGUGGAAUCGUCGAUUGGAAGGCUCAUCGAGUACAGACUGUGGAGAGGCGGAAAUGUAUUGACCAAGAGCUAGAGAAACUGCAGGAGGAGAUUCCAUUAUACAAAAAACAAUUCGAGACUUCUGAAGAAGCAAAGAUGCAAGUUUUGAAGGAGUUAGAUGGCACUAGAAGGCUUAUCGAGGAAUUGAAGCUGAACCUCGAGAGAGCACAAACCGAAGAGAAGCAAGCGAGACAGGACUCUGAGCUAGCGAAGCUGAGAGUGGAAGAGAUGGAGCAAGGGAUCGCGGAUGAGGCGAGCAUUGCAACGAAAGCACAGCUCGAGGUUGCCAGGGCGAGGCACGCAGCUGCAGUGUCGGACCUGAAAGAUGUGAAAGCUGAGCUGGAACAACUCCGUAGUGAUUAUGCUGUGUUGGUGGCCGAGAAAGACGCGACAGUAAAACAGGCUGAGGAAGCUGUUUCUGAAUCGAAAAAGGUCGAGAAGUCGGUGGAGGAUUUGACAGUUGAGCUAAUAACUAUAAAGCAAGCUUUAGAUGCUGCACAUGCCGCGCAUUUGGAGGCGGAGGAUCAUAGGAUUGGAGAAGCGAUGGCGAGAGAGCAAGACACGCUUUACUGGGAGAACGAAGUGAAGGAGGCAGAAGAGGAAAUCGAGAGGCUAAAUCAGCAGAUCCUGUCUGCAAAGGAGCUGAAAUCGGAGCUAGAUACUGCCUCGGGUUUGUUACAGGACCUGAAAGCAGAAUUGGCUGCUUAUAUGGAGACAAAAGUGGAAGAGGAAAACGAGGAAGAUGGAAAGCGGGAGGCCGAGUUGCUGGAGCCCGAGAAACGAAUUCACUGCGAAAUACAAGCAGCAGUAGCCUCGGCUCAGAAGGAGCUCGAAGAAGUGAAGCUCCAGACUGAGAAAGCAGUGGCUGAAGUGAAUUUCUUGAAAGUAGCAUCCACCUCGUUGAAGACGGAGCUCGAAAAGGAGAAGGAAGACUUUGCAUCCACUCGGCAGAGAGAAGAAAUGGCGUCGAUUACAAUUGCAUCCAUCGAAGCCGAGCUGAACAGAAUCAAAUCAGACAUUCUCCUUGCACAGAUGAGAGAAAAGGAGGCUCAAGAAAAAAUGGUAGAGCUUCCAAAGCAGCUGCAACUAGCCGCUCGAGAGGCGGAUCGAGCAAAGGCCGUUGCUGAAGCAGCACGGCUAGAAUUGUCGAGGGCGAAGGAGGAAGCAGACCACGCGAAGACAGGAGCAACUACGGUGGAGAGCCGGUUAAUUGCAGCUCAGAGGGAGAUAGAAGCUGCAAAAGCUGCCGAGAAAUUGGCAAUUGCAGCUAUGAAUGCACUAGAAGAAAGCGAACAAGCUCGAAUCAACAAAGGAGUGGAUUCGCCAUCCGGAGUAACACUUUCCUUAGAAGAGUAUUACGAGUUAAGCAAGCAGGCCCACGCUGCAGAAGAGGAAGCAAAAAUGAGGGUUGCUGCUGCUUUCUCCCAAAUCGAUUUAGCAAAAGAGUCCGAGCUAAAUAGCCUGAAGAAGCUCGAGGACGUUAACUGCAAGCUAGCUGAAAGAAGGCAAGUGCUAGAAAACGCACUGCAGAAAGCUGAGAAAGCCAAGGAAGGGAAGAUGGCUGUCGAGCAGGAGCUGAGAAAACGGAGAGAAUCACACGAGCAAAGACGGAAAGCCAAUGAAUCAAUUAGCUCAAUUAAGAGUGCAAGAUCAAGUUUCGACGAUAGGAAAGACUCAGAAAGCGUCAAUGGCCCAGCAGAGGACACUUCACGUCAUAGUCGUAAGUCUUCUAAAGGACACGCAGACGAAAGCAAACCCGAAAAUCCACACGCUCAGGAAAGCAAUACUGAACCUGAAUCAUCUCCUGAAGUGACAAAAACCACCAAGAAAAAGAAGAAAUCAUUCUUCCCCCGGAUCUUCAUGUUCUUGGCCAGAAAGAAAUCAUCCAAGACAUAAUUCUCUGUGCAUAGUAGGCUGCUACAAUCAUCAUGGAAGAAAAAGAAGACAUCGUUCUUCCCCGAGAUCUUCUUGUUCUUGGCCACAAAAAAAACGAGCAUCCAAUCCAGCAUGAUGAUGUGUGCAAACCGCUACAUUAUGAGUUGUGGAUAGAUUGGGUAGGUGUAAAUUCAUACAGAAUUUUGAUUGUGCAUUUCGACCAUUGUUUUUGUACAUAUCAUAGAGAUUCUUGUUAUUGCCAUCACAAAUGUUAACCUUUUCAUUGCUGUAGCUCACUGGUUGUCAUUUUUGUUUGUAUAGACAUGGCUAUGAUUUAUACAAGAGAUGGUUAUAUUUCCUAUA